UCCCCCUCCCCUCCCCCCUCAGUUUUGGGAGGUGAUCAGCGAUGAGCAUGGCAUAGACCCCAGCGGCAACUACGUGGGUGACUCGGACCUGCAGCUGGAGCGAAUCAGCGUUUAUUACAAUGAGGCCUCCUCUCACAAGUAUGUGCCUCGCGCCAUCCUGGUGGAUCUGGAGCCAGGCACGAUGGACAGCGUGCGCUCAGGUGCCUUCGGGCACCUUUUCCGCCCCGACAACUUCAUUUUCGGUCAGAGCGGGGCUGGCAACAACUGGGCCAAGGGGCACUACACGGAGGGGGCCGAGCUGGUGGACUCGGUGCUGGACGUGGUGCGGAAGGAGUGUGAGAACUGCGACUGUCUGCAGGGCUUCCAGCUGACCCACUCCCUGGGUGGGGGCACGGGCUCGGGCAUGGGCACACUGCUGAUCAGCAAGGUGCGUGAGGAGUACCCCGACCGCAUCAUGAACACUUUCAGUGUGGUGCCAUCCCCCAAGGUGUCGGAUACGGUGGUGGAACCCUACAACGCCACGCUCUCCAUCCAUCAACUGGUGGAGAACACGGAUGAGACCUACUGCAUCGACAAUGAGGCACUGUACGACAUCUGCUUCCGCACACUCAAGUUGGCCACCCCCACCUAUGGAGACCUCAACCACCUCGUCUCGGCCACCAUGAGCGGCGUCACCACCUCGCUGCGCUUCCCUGGGCAGCUCAAUGCUGACCUGCGCAAGCUGGCUGUCAAUAUGGUGCCCUUUCCACGCCUUCACUUCUUCAUGCCUGGCUUCGCCCCGCUAACAGCACGUGGCAGCCAGCAGUACCGUGCCCUCACCGUCCCCGAGCUCACCCAGCAGAUGUUCGAUGCCAAGAACAUGAUGGCUGCCUGCGACCCACGCCACGGCCGCUACCUCACCGUGGCCACUGUUUUCCGUGGCCGUAUGUCCAUGAAGGAGGUGGACGAGCAGAUGCUGGCCAUCCAAAGCAAGAAUAGCUCUUACUUCGUGGAGUGGAUCCCCAACAACGUCAAAGUUGCAGUGUGUGACAUCCCGCCCCGCGGCCUCAAGAUGUCCUCCACCUUCAUUGGCAACAGCACGGCCAUCCAGGAGCUCUUCAAGCGCAUCUCGGAGCAGUUCACCGCCAUGUUCCGCCGCAAGGCCUUCCUGCAUUGGUACACAGGGGAGGGAAUGGACGAGAUGGAGUUCACCGAGGCAGAGAGCAACAUGAACGACCUGGUGUCAGAGUACCAGCAGUACCAGGAUGCCACGGCCGAGGAGGAGGGCGAGAUGUACGAGGAUGAUGAGGAGGAGUCGGAGGCGCAGGGCGCCAAGUGAUGGCCCUGCACUCGCUGCUUUGGGAGGGCCCUGGCCUCGCCCCUUGGUGUCUGCUCCCCUCAGCCCCAUGUUAGCUCACCCCUCCUGUGCCCCCUCCCUAUGGCCUCCCCUUUUCCCCUUUUUUCAUUUUUUACUGUUUGUGUCUCUAUUUUUU